CUACGCACGCGGUCGAGAGCAUGCGAGACAUACGAUGGCAUCGAGAGCGUCGGCGAUGACGUCAAUGCGAAGGCGGUGUUCCAGGCCAUGCUGAACAAUCCUGUAUCUACGCAUAGCGACCCCAUCAACAAAAUGGUGAAGCGCAAGUUCCGUGUCCUUUACGAGAUCGAGGAGAUCUGGGUCAGCAGCUCCCAGAAGCCGUGA